GAUGGCGGAAGUUUAUUCCGGGAAAAAGUCUAGAUAUUUACAUUAUCUCUCGACUUCUGUUGAACAUUGAGUGACUUUUCCACACCAUAAUCCAUUUUUUAAUUGUCUGGGGUCUGUUAUUGACAGUCGCAGUUUCAUCAUCAUGGCCCAUCGCAUCAUAACCCAGGUCGUCAUAACUGGCUCACGAGUUCUCGGGCGCGCCGUCACCGAAUCCUGGAAACAAGCGAAAGCCUCCUCAGCAUACCAAAAAGCGCAACAAAAUGGUUCUGCUUCGGGUGGUCCAACUUUCUCCUCCAAUGGUCUCACGUUAGAUGAGGCCUGCAAAAUUCUCAAUGUCAAACCACCAAAAGAAGGAAAAAUGGAUAUGGAAGAUGUGAUGUCGCGGUUCAAGAAGUUGUUCGACACGAACGAUCCGAAGAAGGGAGGAAGUUUCUAUCUACAGAGUAAAGUGCUGAGAGCGAGAGAGAGGUUAGAGGGCGAAGUGAGAGUUAAGGCAGAAGCAGUGGAGAGGGAGGCCGAAUUGGAAAAAGGGUGGAAACCGAAGGUUUUUAAGGACCGGUGAUAACUGUCAAUAAGGUGCGGGGCUGAUGGGUGUGUAGGAUGGAUAAAUUCGAGGACGACAAGACGGUCGAGGAACGACAAUAUCCCGACAUAAGCUCGAACUGAUGGACGAUGUCGAACGAACCCUGAAUGAAUCUUUCCUGCGAAUAAAUGGAUGUGCAAACUCUUCCCUCUUUUGUAUUAAAUACAUAGCAUGGCGUUUUGGGGGGUGGGAAAGAUUAUGUGGGUAUCCUGGUCAGCAUUUCUUGCGUGGAUAUGAGACAUUAUGUAGAUACUGCAUGCGAAAGACGGUCAAAUAUGAACAAAUGUUCCAAUCUAUA